AUGUCGGAACAAUCACUUCACGCGCUCUGGGAGGCUUCGGCGAACAGCCAGUUCGUCCCCAACGUCGGCAAAGACGCUCAAUUCCUCGUCGGAUUCGUCCUGCUCAGCAUCGGUUUUGUCCUGACUGCUCUCUUUGGACUUAACCUGUCCGUUAAGAACCUGCCUAUCCUCGCCGUACCCGCAUCCCUCGCUUUUGCCUUUGGCUCCGUCUACAUGAUCUGCGCAGUCGGCGUGUAUGUAUAG